AUGCUAUACAGUGGCAGACCGAUCUCUCCCAAUUGCUGUAAUGCAAUUGCCGACAUCUACUACAACAGUGAUUGUGGUUUUUAUAAGCCAUACACUAAUUUCUUUCUACAGGGUAAUUAUUAUUGUUCUCGCCAUUACUAUUUUUAUAAUUUUCCACGCCAUCCUCAAUAUCCUCCUCCUUAUUAUUUUCCACCUUGCCCUCAUUACCCGCCCUCUCCUCUUCCUCAUCCUUCUCCUCCUACCCUGCCACCCCCUCAUCCUUCUCCUUCUCCUCCUACACCGCCGUCUUCUCAUCCUACUCCCACAACGCCGCCUUCUCCUCCACCCCCUUCCCAUCCUCAUCCUUCUCCUCCUACACCGCCCUCCUCUCAUCCUACUCCCACAGCGCCGCCUUCUCCUCCACCCCCUUCCCAUCAUCAUCCUUCUCCUCCUACACCGCCAUCUUCUCAUCCUACUCCUACAACACCGCCCUCUUCUCGUCCUACUCCCACACCACCGCCUUCUCCUACUACCCCGCCCUCUUCUCAUCCACCUCCCACAACGUCGCCUUCUCCUCCUACACCUACACCGCCGUCUUCUCAUCCUAAUCCUACAACACCGCCUUCUCCUACUACACCGCCGCCAAGUAAGAGUAACUGUAGUGAGAUAAUGCAACGUCUUAAUCCAUGCAUUAACGAGAUGAUAGCGUACAAUAAUCGAGGGUCCGGUCAAAUAAGCUCGAUAUGUUGCGACAUUAUUUUGCAGGCUUCUGAUUCAUGCAACACUGCUAAUGGUUCGUAUUCAUGGUCCGUCUCCAUUUCUGGACCUGCCUUGGAUUACUGCAGGAAUCAUCACUAG